AUGGAAAGCGGCGCCCACAAACUCCUCGAAUCUGCUGUCCAGCGGACCCUCCACGCCCAUGCAUUUUCCCGGUCCUCCAGCCAGGCCUCCUCUGUCCUCACCGAUCUUCUGUCUCGGUACAUGGCCUUGCUGACAUCAACAUGCGCAAAAUACGCACAGCAUGCAGGAAGGACGGGGCUCUCAGUUAGGGAUGCUAUGGGCGCUCUGAAUGAACUUGGGGUCAGCGUCGAGGAGUUGAGCGACUACUGCGCGACGGAGGGCAAGGAGCUUAACCGUUAUGCUCUCUACACAGCGAGACGAGUGGAGGAUCUGCAUGAAUUCAGAUCUCAACUGGCCGACGGACUGCGGCAGGAUCGUGAUGAUGCUAUUCCACUGGAGUACGCGUGGUGUCCGAGCCAUCUACUCGAAGAAAGCGAAGGGGAGGAUGAAGACGAAGACGAAGAUGCAGAUGCCUCGGGUGAGGAAGAAGGGAGCGAAGCAGAUGCUCUGCCACAACAUAACAUGCCCAAUGCGAACAGCGACAUGGAUGUCGACUCAUCCUCCAUUCUUACGGGCGUCCUAUCGCGAAAACGGCCUCCGUCGCGACAAAAUACACCCCCGUUGCCUUUAUCCCCCAUCUCCAACCCGUCUUCUCCUCAAAGAAAGCGUGUCCGUGCAUCCAACUGGGAGCCCCCAGAACACAUACCGAGCUUUUUGCCCCCAUUUCCAGACCUUUCAGGCGAUCGCCCGUCUUCUCCUUCUUUCGACCAUGCCCCUGCUCCACAUAUUCAACCUAAGAUGCCCCCUCCUAUCCAAAUACCCGAGUCCACGUCCACCGUCCCAGAAAAACCAUCUAUGACCCUUUCCCAAUCUCUAACGACCGCUGCUGCUUCAGACAUACUUGUCCAGGUCCCUUACUCCCAAUCAUCGCUCUCAUCUGUUCCAGAAUGGCAUCUACCCUCUGGACCUCCUCCUCCUCCUCCUCCCGUACGACAAAACCGUCCAUCAAUACCCCAGAUUGAACCUUCGCUUCUAACAGCAUAUCAUCACAUCCUCACACAUCCCCCUCCACCGGAACUUCCUCCUCUGAAUCCAUCGCGUCAUAAAGUCGCCAUGGCUCUCAUCCAUCUCUCUCAGACAAAUCCCCGGUGGAAUCCAUCAGACACACUUUUCGGGAGUGUGGGACCCUGUGCUCCUAGAGUGGCAACCAUCGGCCCCUCCUAUCCCAUAGCAAUUGGAGAUACACCGGGGGCCAGCGACUCGAAGGGUAAGGGUGAUGGGCACGACAAGGAUCUCAAGCUUCCUACGACGAUAUCCCGACCAGUCUCCGGAGUUGAGCGGAUAGCACCAUUCAUCAGCCAGCAGACGUCGCGCAUCCCCGAUCUUGCCCGCCAUAUACUUCCUCCCACUAUUUUGGCGCGCACAAGCCGUCUCGCUCACCCACCUGUGCUACAUCGAGGCAACAGGCCUCUAGUCUACGGCCCAGGCAUCCCUGCACCAUGGAACGCCAACGCCGUCUCAACAGGACCCGACCCCGUGCCAGCCACACCGAUGGCUGCAAAACCCAAAGACGCCGCGCCCGCGGCCAACGGGAACACGAAAGACUCCCCCACCAAACCCGUGCUUCCCGACGCACGGCUGUUCGCCACAUGGGAUUAUGAGCAGAAGGACUUCAAGGUGCCGCUUGCGCCCGUCGUGCGGAGUAGGAAUCGGGUGGGCAGUGUGCAGGCGAGCGGGAGCGCCGGGCUGAUAUCGCUCCCUGUCAGUUCGCGGUCCAAGGGUGUCAAGUGA